AAGAUGUGUGUGGGAAUAUGAAUCUUUGCUGUUUUCGCCAACCAAUUCGGUCAACCGUCUUUCGAUAACGAAUAUUGCGGCUUGCCUGCCACCUGUCUUGGAGACUAGGCGAAAAGAAGGGGAUAUGACAACACUACUGCAUCUGUCGUCUCCUGAUCUGGUCAAGGAGCGUCUGAUAUAUCUUCGAAGAAUCUUGGAGAACACCCAGGGGAGUUCUAGAGUCACAUGUCCCCACUGCGCUUUUGCAUUCGGUUCGGCAUGCUAUAUAAAUGAAUGGCAUGCGAAAGCUCCCUUAUAUGUCGAACCUUGCGUCGUCCAUGGAGUCAUAAGGUCCAAAGCACUAUUCCAACCUCUCGCCAUCUGCCGGUCUUGGGAAGCUGUGUUGAUGACCUGGUCAUCGACACUGCUCAGAUUGCCGAAAUCUGAGGUUGGAAUCCUUGUCAACUUUCCAUCGUUUCGACAAAGGCUCUCUAUUGGUCAUGCUGUUUGUUGUUCUCCUGAGAAAUCUUCGCCUAUAUCACGACAAAGCUAUGACGGCCCAUACAGAGUGGCGGGGUCGCAACUGCUAAUUAUCAUUCUAUUGGGCCGAUUUUUCCCUGGGACUGCGCUCAAGAUUCUCACCGAGCUCUCUUUCUGGGGCCACAUGAGUGACCCUUUACUGUUGCAAGAUGCAAUCUUAUUGGGAACACCUACCUAGCCAUAACCAAUCUAGAUGGAUGUGAAAGACUUGAGAUGCACGCAUACUGGCUCGGUCUGGAUCCGGAAAUGGUCCAGUAAGCCCUGGUACUCGGACCUACUCCGGAUUAUUGACACCGCAAGAUCGUCCCUUGGAGCUGAAAAGCAGCUACUAAUUAAUCAAUGCGGUGGACUGCCGUUGACUGUCUCCAGAGAUGAUCCGUUGGAGGUCUUGAGGGCCGCCCUUUGUAGCGGCAUUUGCGUGUAUUGCUAUACUCAUCGAGCAUGGAUCAACCCAAGCAACUAACAAGCGGCACUCAUUUACCUUAACGGAUGAUGCACGCCUGUCCACCCUCUGAGGUACUGCUACAAGGCCGUAUCUGAAAUACAACAGAAGGGUCAUCAACCUACUAGUUCAACUCCAUACGCA